CGGUAACAUGAAAAAUAACCAUACGUAGGUACCCUUUCGUAUAUUAUAUUGGAGUUGGCAGGAGAAGAACUGCUGUGCAGAUAUCCGGCUGUUUUUGCUCGGAGACGAAGCUUGAGACCGCGCCGCAUCCUUCCGUGUUAUUGUUGGACCGGGCCCGCCCAUACUCCAGAGCAUCGUCGGAAACCCCGCUCCCACAGACAAUACAUUACAAGGAGGUAGGCUCCUGAGAAAAAUGAGAUACAUUUUCAGCACAUGAAAGAGAAUGGGAAGACGCGUUUGUUCAGCGCUGCUCCUGAAAAUGACCUUUGUUGUGUAACCGUGGCACGGAUCCUACGAAAUUGCACCAGUGAUAUUAAAUAACAACGCACUCCACCGCCUAUUAUGGACUUUCCAGGUCAUUUCCAGCACAUUUUCAACCAGCUCAACCACCAGCGCCUCCAUGCUCAGCUGUGUGACUGUGUGGUCGUGGUUGGAGGCCAGAGUUUCCAGGCUCACCGCUCCAUCCUGGCUGCAUGCAGCUCCCACUUUAGGGCUCUUCUGAGCUCCAAUGACAGUGGGGAUGAGGUUGGUAGAGCAGGAAAUGGGGGCCCCAGUGUGAUGGAGUUAGAUCCAGAGGUGGUGACCCCAGAGGCCUUCUCCACCUUGCUAGACAUGAUCUACACCUCCACCCUCUCUCCAGGGGCCUCCAAUGUUAUGGAUGUACUGUUGGCGGCAUCGCACCUGCAUCUCAACACUGUGGUCAAGGCCUGCAAGCUCCACCUGUCCAGGAAAAACUUUCCUGCAUCGCCCCCGAAAGGCUGGAAGUCAGUGCAACAGCAGCAGCAGCAGCUUUCGACCUCCGCCUUGCUGCUACAGGCCACGUCGGUCAUGGAGGAGUCCAUCAAUGAGGACGUGGGAGUGGAGGUUAGUCAGUCUGGAGGGGUUGAAGAUCAGGGGGUGAUUGGGGAGCAGAGUGCUGCGCUAUUUUUGAGGCACAAAAGGAAGUCUCAUGAGGACGAGCUCGGUUGCAGAAAGAGGUCCUGCAGGCUGGCGGAGGGAAAUUAUAAAGAGUGUUCACCGACUGUAACUAGAAGCACCGUCAGUGCGGAGUUGGCUGGACAGGAGCUGCUGUCGCCGGACUGCCUGAAGACGACCGACGGACUCUGGGAGGACCGAGGCGAGAAGGAGGAGGUGGAGGAGAAAUAUGAAGCAACUAAGGGAGAGUCAGAGGAGAUCCAGCUGCCUAGCCAAUCGGACUGCAGCACAGGAGGUGUUGGUGCAUGGAAGAAGGGUGGAGAUACAGAGGGAGACACUGUGGUCAAAGUAAAGGUGGGAGAAGAAGGAGAGGAUGAGAGAGAGGAGCCAGAGAUGGUGAUGAUUGAGGUGAAAAGGGAAAAUCUGAGCUCCUACUCUCCAGGUCUAGCAAACCAUUCUCCUCUAUCUCCACCGCAAGACUUCACAGACAACUUUGAAGCCCAACUAAAUGAGGAGAAAAUGGCCACCCUCUGCCCAAUCAAGUGCAAUGUUAUCUCUUUACAAUCUCAGCUGUGUGCAGAUCCUGGACAUUCGGCUGAGGGGCCAGUGGACGGUGAAGGCCUCGAUAGCCUGUCAGAACUGGCCUUUUCCUGUUUCCUCAAUCCUAGCAGUGAAAGUGUAAUGGGAGCUCUGGAGGGAGAAGACAGCCUCGCUAGCCUCACUGCUGCUGCUACAGCUGCUGCUAUUGCCAGUGAUGCUCCUGCAGCUGCUGGAGAUACUGAUGAACUCUAUCAAAGCUCAGAAGAAGUCUCUUCUGCGAAGUCUUUUGAUUCCUCACUAGUUUUCCCAAUAACCCCUGUCCCCUUGCAGCAGCUUCUCUCAACCCAGGGCCCUGGUUUCAGUGACACACUCAUCCUCCAGCCCUCGCAGAACUCCUUAGCAGGGUUCCUGAGUGGCAUCGGACCAGGCCUCGGUCUGGAAACCUCCCUCAUCCAACCCUCAAGGGCUGGGAAAAGCCCCAGGGCAACAACAUUCCGUCGCAUUGCCCCUAAAGUGCAGCCUGGAUCAGAAGCCGGCACAGAUUGCUCCUCCGCAUCGGACGCUGCUGAACGUCCGCCUCUAACCAGAGCUUCAGAGGAGGUGUUGUCCAAGUGCAGGAAGGCAGCGGCUGAAGACCAUGUGCUGUUGGUGGAAGGAGACAAGAAGUACGCCUGCAAAAUCUGCUGCAAGACCUUCAUGAACUUGACUGACUGUAAGAAACACAUUCGCGUCCACACAGGGGAGAAGCCCUACCCCUGCCCAAAGUGUGGCAAGCGCUUCAGCCAGUCCUCUCAUCUGUACAAGCACUCCAAAAACACCUGCCUGAACUGGAAAGAUGAUCAACCUUUCGCAGAUUCCUUGUUGUGACCGUUACCGUAUAGACACAUUCGUUGAGUCGCACAACUCAACACAAUUCUUUGAAAAAAUGUACUGUGUAAACUAGAUUAUGCAUUCCCCGACACACUUCCCCUGAUUAAUUUGGGAUUAUAUAAUCACAUGAAUUUAAAGUCAAUUUGCGAAUGCGAUUGUUUUUUUAGAUGAUAAACCAUGUUGUUUUUAGAAAAUGUUCCAUAAAAUAGAAUGAAUACAAAUUUUGUCAAACUGAUAAUGAACUGAAAUUAUCCUCCAUGACUGGUGCUAAGAGUGACAUUGAGUGUUAAAAUAAUA